AGAAUCCAAAGCAGGCUCCAGGCUCUGAGCUGUCAGCACAGAGCCUCACAUGGGGCUCAAACCCACCAACCACGAGAUCAUGACCUGAGCCGAAGUUGACAUUUAACCAACUGCGCCACCCAGGUGCCCCUAAAAAUAUGCUUUUUAAGCAUAAACAUUUUGCCAACAAAUAAGUUAUAAGAUUCAGAUUGAGUUGAUUUGAACCUGCAUUUUAACACCUUUUCCAGGUAAUGCUGGGCCUGCUGGUUCUUGGACUAUACCAGGAAAGCUAGGAAGUUAAGGUAAAGGUUUUUCUCACUCAGAGUCCAGAGAAGGUAGAAAGGCACUCAGCGGGGACCUGAUCUAGGCAGGCAUGGUCCUGCCACCCUCACUCCCUUCACCUAGCCCCCAAAUAAUAUUACUCUUGUCAAGGAGAGACUGAAGGAAACCCUCUUUGUUCCCAGUGGUAUGGGCAGGAGGUUUGCACCCUAGACUCUUGUCUCUGAGAAGGGACAUAGCCAAGCUAUGGUCCUCUAGACUGAAGACACUGGGGAUGAUGGAGUGACUGGCCAGGGAGGUCACCAGUCCAAAGUUCUUUCUAUAUAAUGGGCCCCUAUCAGAGUCCAGCCAUAAGGCCAGGCCAUAAGGUCCCUACCCCCCAGGAACCGCUGUGAGAGGACCAAGCUUAAAGUGGGUGAGGCACCAAGCCAACAGGCCGGCUUCUCAGGCGGGACAUUAGCAUGGCACCUUUCCUGGCGCUCCUGUGAACUGUUGCAGGGCAGGGAAGGGAGGAUGGUGGUGGUGUCCACUCGGCGCACAUGGUGACCGCUGCUGAAGGGCCACAGUGCUCUACGUAGGGGUGGGGAUAAAGCCACUCCAGAUUCUAAUCGGGGCGCGCGGGAGGGCAGGAACUGGCGCUGCUUCGGUGGCUAGGAUGGGCCGAUCAGUCAGUCACAGCCAGUCCUAAGAAGGGCUCCUGUCUCAGCCCCAGGGCAGGCAUAUCCCGCCCCCAGGAGACCCCUAGUCUGAGCGGAAGAACGCAGCCGACCGCAGGAGUCUCCAGUCCGAGGGGAAGACACACCAAGCCUCAGGACCCACGUUCUGGCUCUCAGGGGACCCAAAGCAGAUUUCCACGAACCGAGGUCCGAGAACUUCUCGGCGGGAUGCGGCCAGCUGCGCGCGGGGAAGAGUGCGCGCAGCCGUCGCCCAGUCCUGAGUCAGGCCCUGUCGGCUCCUCGGGCCCCAGGGGCGCCGGGGACGGGGUGCUCUGGGGCAGGGCCGGGGCACUCUUUGCAGCCGGUCACCCCUCCCCCUUCCCUGCGGGCUUUUGCACACGACGCGCCGCGGGCCGCUUCACACGGGGUGGCCGGGGCCGGAUAAAGCGGGCGGGCGCGGGGCGCAGCGGCGGGCGCGGACGGGCUGGAGCGGCCGGAGCUGCAGCCGGACGGCCCCAGGGCGGCCCGGGCGGGAGCUGCCGCGCCAAGCAGCGGGCGGCCGAGAGGCGCGGACGCAGGGGCCCCGGGAGCGGCGCGCGGGGCCCUCCCGGCAGGUGGGUGCGCGCUGCGCAGCGUCCCGCGCGCAACUUCCAGGGCGCCCUGGGCCCCGAGGCCUCGCGCGGCUUCCCGGGCCCAGCGCAGGGCGCGCGGGGCGGCAUGGAGCCCACGGAGAGGCAGCAUCUGAUGGACGCCAGGCCCGGAGCCCGGUCUUACACUGGAUCUCUGUGGCAGGAGGGGGCCGGCUGGACCCCUCUGCCCGCACCUGGCCUGGACUUGCAGGCUAUUGAGCUAGCCGCUGAGAGCAACCAUUACUGUCAUGCCCAGAAGGGUCCUGGCAGUCACUUUGACUCCAAGAAGGAGCAGGCCCGGCGACAGCUUUAUGUGGCGUCUGCCAUCUGCCUGGUGUUCAUGAUUGGGGAAGUCAUUGGUGGGUAUCUAGCACAUAGCUUGGCAGUCAUGACCGACGCAGCCCACUUGCUCACUGACUUUGCCAGCAUGCUCGUCAGCCUCUUUUCUCUCUGGAUGUCUUCCCGACCGGCCACCAAGACCAUGAACUUCGGCUGGCAGCGAGCUGAGAUCCUGGGAGCCCUGCUGUCUGUACUAUCCAUCUGGGUCGUGACUGGAGUGCUGGUGUUCCUGGCAGUGGAGCGACUGAUCUCUGGGGACUAUGAGGUCGAGGGGGGCACCAUGCUGAUCACAUCAGGUUGUGCUGUGGCUGUGAAUAUCAUAAUGGGGCUGACUCUUCACCAGUCUGGCCAUGGGCACAGCCACGACACCAGCCAGCAACAGGAGAACCCCAGUGUCCGAGCUGCCUUUAUCCAUGUGGUUGGAGAUUUUCUGCAGAGCUUAGGCAUCUUGGUGGCAGCCUAUAUUUUAUACUUCAAGCCAGAGUACAAGUAUGUAGACCCCAUCUGCACCUUCCUCUUCUCCAUCCUGGUCUUGGGGACGACCUUGACCAUCCUGAGAGAUGUGAUCCUGGUGCUGAUGGAAGCCCCACGGUGUCCCCUCCCUGCUGGGAUGUGUCCUCCCUGUCUAAUCAGGGACCCCCAAGGGUGUGGACUUCACAGCUGUACGGGAUCUGCUGCUGUCCGUGGAAGGGGUGGAAGCCUUGCACAGCCUGCAUAUUUGGGCACUGACCGUGUCCCAGCCCGUGCUGUCUGUCCACAUCGCCAUCGCUCAGAAUGCAGACGCCCAGGUCGUGCUGAAGGCAGCCAGCACCUGCCUACAGGGAAAGUUCCACUUCCACACUAUGACCAUCCAGAUUGAAGACUACUCUGAGGACAUGAAGGACUGUCAGGCGUGCCAAGGCCCCUCGGACUGACUGCCUGGCCAGGUGCCAACGGAGCCAUGGCCAGGACCUGCAGGUGGUGGGGCGGAGUGUCGCCCAGGCCCAGCCAGAACGCUGCCUAUCCUGGCUGUGUUAUAAAGCAGGUCCCUCUCCUGACCUCUGCUCUGUGUUCAGUGUGGAGGAACUGUUUCCUGCCUCCCCCAUCUGACUACAGCCAGUUUAAGGAUGAAGACGGCAAGUGUAAAGCUACUAUGACCCAGCCCUUCCAGCUUCUGGAUUGGUGCCUGGCAGGGCUGGGUUUGGGCCUAAUCCUCAGCUAAAGCUUUGCUACCACCAGCCUCAGGAAAGGUGGUGAGGCACAGCGAGGAGUGACAGAGGGGAGACUGGCCUCAAUGUCCCCUUGCCCACUGUCUUAUUCCCCCCUUCAGUCUGUCUGGCCUUUGCCUUAUGGAUCUACGCAGAAGCCCCGGGACAGUCUGUCCCUCUGCCUAUAACAAUAUGGUUUAAGGAGACCUUGGGGGUUGGGAGUUGAGAGCACCCCGCACACUUACACAUGUCCCCCCUGAGAAGGGGAAACCGGGGGGAACCUGAGGCCUGUCUGUGCCUUCGUCACUUCAGCUGUGAGCCAAAUGUGUCUCUUUCCUGGAGGGAGGAGGCUUCUGACCAGGUAGGGACCUGGCUGCUUUCUUCUUUCCUUAUUCCUCCAGCUCGGGCACGUGUGCCAACACAAUGAUGCCUUUGCCACUGGAGGGGGGGGGGGUGGCCAGCAGGGGCUUCAGCUUGGGUCCUGCCCUAACAGCCCCACAGCCCCUGGGCCAGCUCUGAAGCUGGCCCAGCCUACCCUGCUCAGAACUUGAGCAUGGACGACAACGGAUGGGAGAUGGUGGCUUCCUGAGGUGUAUGCAGACUCCCAAGUCAGGGGCAGCUUGUGUUUCCGAGACGAAGAGGGGAGACCUGUGCCCAGUCUCCCAGGGAAGGCAGAACACCCAGUCAUAUCGUGGCCCUGGGUUUUACAAGCCAGUGCCCUUGGGUCUCAUCUGAGAAUAAGAGACUACGAAUGAACCUACAUCACAGGGUUGUUGCCAGGACUGGAGCCAAAGCCUUUUAAGCCCAUGGUGUUCCUUGAAGAGUGGUUACUUUGAUCAUCAGGCUGGAAAGGUGCAGCAUGAGGCUGACUUGCCGGGGAGCCAGGUGGGCUUCCCAGGGGCAGCACUGACUUGAUCUUGACUCUGCCCGGAUUCAGGACUGGAAGAGGAGGGGUUGGUCACCCGCCUUCCCCCGUGAACCUCUUCCUUCCCCUCUGUGAAAUAACCUCUUUGUGCCUUUCAAGUA